UCUCCAUCCACCUAUCCAAUACUAAGUUAAACAUAGCUUGAAAACAAUGAAAACAUUGAUGAGCUAUCUUUGGAUGCUACUUCAUCAAGUACUUACAUGCAUCUUCAUCAAGGCAAGAUCAAUUAUGUCAAUCAACAAUGGAGCAAACUACACUUUGAGUUGGAGAUUUGCAAUAGAGAGCAACAACUUAAGGUCAUGGCCUACGGUCCCUCGCCGGUGUUUACCGUAUAUAAAAACCUACAUGCUCGGCGGCCAAUACCAACACGAUCUCGAUAUGGUCAUCGCAGAAAUGCUUACUUACAUGAACUCCAUCAUUCUAAACAAUGAUGGUAAAGAUAUAUGGAUUCUUGAUGUUGAUGACACUUGCAUCUCUAAUCUCAAGUACUAUGAGAGAAAGAACUUUGGAUGUGAUCCAUUUGAUCGAGUGAUGUUUAAGAGUUGGAUAUUGGAAGGAUCAUGUCCUGCAAUUCAUUCAAUGUUGGUGUUUUAUAAGAAGCUUAUUGAGAGGGGUUUCAAGGUUUUCCUUCUCACAGGGAGGCAUGAGGAGCAACUUGGCUCAAUAACAGCCUUGAACUUGCUUUUGCAAGGAUAUGUAGGACAUGAAAGAUUGAUUUUGAGAAGCUCAAAAUACAAGGGACAAAGUGCUGAGAAAUUCAAAUCGGCAAUAAGAAAAGAGAUAGAAGGAGAAGGAUAUAGAAUACAUGGAAAUGUUGGAGAUCAAUGGAGUGAUCUCACUGGAGAAUCUAUUGGUGCUCGGACCUUUAAGUUGCCCAAUCCUAUGUAUUUUGUUUCUUAAAACGUCAGAACCAUUCUAAGCUUUCUUUUCUUUUCUUUUUUUCUCUUGUGAUGAACUGUAAAAGUUCAUGAUUGUUAUUUAAGAAAAUAAAUUAAAAUCAUGAU